CGGGCCGUCACCCGACAAGCCCAAAUUGACAGAGGAUCCAAUUUCGGACUAUAUAUUAGUCAAAAGCGCUAAUUUAGCAAAGGCUAGGGUUUCCCAUUCAUCGCAGCUGCCUCAGCUUCUUCAUCAACCCUCAGAGCGUACCAGUCUAUUCACCGAAGAGACGAAGAGAACCAAGAAGGCUGGUAUUGUCGGAAAGUAUGGUACCCGUUACGGUGCAAGUUUGAGAAAACAAAUCAAGAAAAUGGAAGUAAGUCAGCACAGCAAGUUCUUCUGUGAAUUCUGUGGCAAGUACGCUGUGAAGAGAAAGGCAGUUGGUAUUUGGGGUUGCAAGGACUGUGGGAAAGUCAAAGCUGGCGGUGCUUACACAUUGAACACGGCUAGUGCUGUCACUGUUAGAAGCACCAUCAGAAGGCUCCGGGAGCAGACUGAGAGUUAGAAUGAUUCUUGGUGGUUUUUAAAUUGAAUGAGCUUGUAUUUUGUCUUUGUUGCUUUUCAUCCCAAAUACAUUGCAAUUAGAUGAAAGCUUAAUCUUAGUUGAUCCGUACUGAUUUGUUUCUAUUGAACAAUUUUAAGUUUAAUGUUCUCUUGUUCUAUAAAAUGGUGCUUCAUUCUUGUUCUAUAAAAUGGUGCUUCAAUUUUAAGCUUAA